AUGGGGAAGGGAGAUACCUCGGAGGUAGCACCACCUACCUCAGCCUACCGCUCCGUCAUGGAGGACUAUGGUUACGAGGUGGGCAAGGUCAUUGGCAAUGGCUCCUAUGGGACGGUGUAUGAGGCUUACUACACAAAGCAGAAGGUCAUGGUGGCUGUCAAGAUCAUCUCAAAGAAGAAGGCCUCUGAGGACUAUCUUAACAAGUUCCUGCCCCGUGAGAUACAGGUCAUGAAGGUCCUGCGGCACAAGUACCUCAUCAACUUCUACCAGGCCAUCGAAACCACAUCCCGAGUAUACAUCAUUCUGGAGCUGGCUCAGGGCGGUGAUGUCCUUGAGUGGAUACAGCGAUACGGGGCUUGCUCUGAGCCCCUUGCUGGCAAGUGGUUCUCCCAGAUGACCCUGGGCAUCGCCUACCUGCACAGCAAGGGCAUCGUGCACCGCCUGACCCCCAGCCUUUCUGCUGCUGGUAGGGACUUAAAGUUGGAGAACCUGUUGCUGGACAAGCGGGAGAAUGUGAAGAUAUCGGACUUUGGCUUCGCCAAGAUGGUGCCUUCUAACCAGACAGUGCAUAGUAGCCCUUCUUACCGCCAAAUGAACUGCUUUACAAGCCACCUCAGCCAGACCUACUGUGGCAGCUUUGCUUAUGCGUGCCCGGAGAUCUUGCUGGGCUUGCCCUACAACCCUUUCCUGUCUGACACCUGGAGCAUGGGCGUCAUCCUCUACACUCUAGUGGUCGCCCGGCUGCCCUUUGAUGACACCAAUCUCAAGAAGCUGCUGAAAGAGACUCAAAAGGAGGUCACUUUUCCACCUAACUACUCCAUCUCCCAGGAGUGCAAGAACCUGGUCCUCCAGACGCUACGCCAAGCCACCAAGCGUGCCACCAUCCUGGACAUCAUCAAGGAUCCUUGGGUGCUCAAGUUCCAGCCUGAGCAACCCACCCAGGAGAUCAGGCUGCUUGAGGCCAUGUGCCAACCCCCCAGCACCACUAAUCGGCACCAAUCCUUGGAAAUCAAUACCUAAAAAUGGUUGAAGGAAGGGGUUGGAAGAGGAGCAAAGCAGGAGGGUCUGGGGCUAAAAAUCCUUUAUACCAAAAAUAAAUCUAUUUCUGAUUUAGUUU